GGAUCUACCUGUUAGACAUGAUCUACAUCGACUCAGCCUAUCCUGCAUCAGACAGUAUCAUAGAGACAGAGCGGCGGACCAAUCAAAUGAACAACCUUCUGAGAGUCAUCUCCGACCUGCAGAUGUCAUGCAACUAUGAUUACUUGGUGACCCUGCCACAUGUCCAGAAGUAUCUGUUGUCUGUUCGCUACAUAGAGGAACUCCAGAAGUUUGUAGAGGAUGACAACUUCAAGCUGUCUCUAAAGAUUGAACCUGGCAACAGUUCCCCUCGGAUCGCUUCUUCUAAGGAAGACCUCGCAAGUCUGUCUGAAGUCUCGGCCUCUCUAAGGUAUAACCGACGGCCUACCUGCCCUGACACCUCUGUUGGGCUUCAUAUCCCCACCCCCCCUCCCUCUCACCACAGGAAGAGCCAUAGUCUGGGAAACAAUAUGAUGUGUCAGUAUGGCAUGUCAGAGAGCAGGAGUGCCACGUUUCCCAUCGAGAAAGCACGACACUUGCUGGACGACAGCUUCUUAGAGUCUCAGAGUCCAGUCAGACACGAUCCACACAGCACCUCUGUGUCCAAUGGCCUAUCGUUGGGCAGCAGUGAAAGCUCUUUUGGGGAGGAGCUGUCCCCUGGAAUGGAGAGGGGCCGCAUGUACGCAACACUGGGCCCCAACUGGAGGGUCCCUCUCCGCAACUCCCCCAGGAGCCGCAGCUAUGUUUACAGCUCCUCGGCUGCCAACUCCUGCUAUGGAUGCAGUGAGGCCGGCGGUGUGACUAUUGAAGGACCCCUGCGAAGGAAAACACUGCUGAAGGAGGGACGGAAGCCCAAGUUGUCAUCGUGGACCAGAUUUUGGAUCACUCUGUCUGGAUCAACACUGACAUUCUAUGGCGCAAAAGCACUGAGGGCCUCUGAGAGAAAACAUUAUAAGUCCAGCCCCUGUAAGAAGGUGUGUGUGACUGGAUGGAUGGUGGUGCUGCCAGAUGAUCCAGCCAGACCCAACAUCUUCCAGCUUAAUCACCCAGACAAAGGCAAUGUUUACAAGUUCCAGACAGGAUCCAGGUUUUCAGCAAUCAUCUGGAACAAAAACCUGGAAGAGGCUUGUAGAAGCAGUAGACCUCAGAUACCAGCAAACCUCAUGUCAUUUGAAUGAGAGUAGACUUUAACCCGUGGGAAAUUAUUGUGUCAAACUCAUUUGUUUGGAUAGUAGAGAUUGAACACAGUGGAAUGGGACGGUAUCUACUGAUAUGGGAGAGUCAAGAAGAAUCGUUGGAGAAGGUCUUUAAUACUGGAGGAGUGAGUGCAUAUGCCAAAACACCUGCUUUCUUCUUCACCGGGACUAAAUGUAAUGUCAACUGGGGAAAAAUUCAGUUAAUGGAAGACUUUGGUGAGGUUGUCCCUUGUUACUUUCUCUAAGCUUCCUUGUUGACUGUCAUUUGUUAUGCUGC